CGUUUAAGUGAACAUAUUGAUGUUAACGGUAGCUCGUCGCUGAUGGUUAAGUCAGUGUCCUUUCACUCCUCGACGAGUCCGCCACCCCUAACAACAACAACACUUCACUUCUUCCUUUCUCACCAAACAAAUAAAAUAUUCUCAAUUCAUUUAUAACCUCACUCAACAUCUCAUUUCACCAACCCAUUUCUUUCAUUUCUCUCUCUCUCUCUCUCUCUCCCGCAAAAUCAAUUCAUUCAACCAAAUGGACGCUUCCACUCUCUCCCGCAUAGGCUUAGCUGGUCUCGCCGUCAUGGGCCAAAACCUAGCCCUAAACAUCGCCGAGAAAGGUUUCCCAAUCUCCGUCUACAACCGCACAACUUCCAAAGUCGAUGAAACUGUAGAUCGGGCCAAACGUGAAGGCUCUCUUCCAUUAACCGGUCAAUACAACCCCCGCGAUUUCGUUCUCUCGAUUCAACGUCCUAGAUCAGUCAUCAUCCUUGUCAAAGCCGGCUCCCCCGUCGAUCAAACUAUUGCUUCACUUUCCGACCAUAUGGAGCCCGGUGACACCAUCAUCGACGGUGGUAACGAGUGGUAUGAAAACACUGAACGAAGAAUCCAACAAAUUUCAGAGAAAGGGAUUCUUUAUCUCGGUAUGGGAGUUUCCGGUGGUGAAGAAGGUGCCAGAAAUGGACCUUCUCUUAUGCCUGGUGGCUCUUACCAAGCUUACACUAAUAUUCAAGAUAUUCUCACCAAAGUUGCUGCUCAAGUUGAAGAUGGUCCUUGUGUUACUUACAUUGGUGAAGGAGGUUCUGGUAACUUUGUUAAGAUGGUUCAUAAUGGUAUUGAAUAUGGUGAUAUGCAACUUAUUUCUGAAGCUUAUGAUGUUUUGAAACAUGUUGGUGGUUUAUCCAAUUCUGAACUUGCUGAUAUUUUUGCUGAGUGGAAUAGUGGAGAGUUAGAGAGUUUUCUUAUUGAAAUUACUGCUGAUAUUUUUAAGGUCAAGGAUGAAGGUGGUGGUGAUGGGUAUUUAGUGGAUAAGAUUUUGGAUAAGACUGGUAUGAAGGGUACUGGUAAAUGGACAGUUCAACAGGCGGCAGAGUUAUCCGUGGCUGCGCCGACAAUUGCCGCUUCGUUGGAUUGUAGGUAUUUGAGUGGGUUGAAGGAAGAGAGGGAGAAUGCCGCUGCGGUUUUGAAGGAAGCAGGGUUGAAUGAGGAUUUAGGAGGGUUUGUGAGAAGUGGGAUUGAUAAGAAAAGGUUAAUUGAUGAUGUGAGACAAGCUUUGUAUGCUUCCAAGAUUUGUAGUUAUGCACAAGGGAUGAAUUUGUUGAGGGCAAAGAGUGAUGAGAAAGGUUGGAAUUUGAAUUUUGGGGAAUUGGCUAGGAUUUGGAAAGGUGGGUGUAUUAUAAGAGCAGUGUUUUUGGAUAGGAUUAAGAAGGCUUAUCAGAGGAACCCUAAUUUGGCUAGUUUGAUAGUGGAUCCUGAAUUUGCUAAGGAAAUGGUGCAGAGGCAAGGAGCAUGGAGAAGGGUUGUUGGAUUGGCUAUAUCAGCUGGGAUUAGUACACCUGGAAUGUGUGCUAGUCUUGCUUACUUUGAUACAUAUAGAAGAGCAAGACUUCCUGCUAACCUUGUUCAAGCCCAGAGGGACUUGUUUGGAGCUCAUACCUAUGAGCGUCUCGAUCGCCCCGGCGCAUUUCAUACGGAGUGGACGAAACUUGCCCGUCAGAGUGGUGCCGGUGUUCUUAAUUGAUCAUAUUGAUGAUGUAUCUCUUUGUGUGGUUAGCUGUUUCUUUGUUGUUUGAUGCAGCAUUUGAGUUGCAAGUGUAUGUUAUGUUUGAGGAUCUUUGGUUAGGCAGAGCAACUAUUGUUUCCUUAUUGUUGUAGCUGUUUUUGCUUUUAAUUUUACAAAUAAAAGAAAAGCUUUGUCAUUUGAA